UCAAAACCUGCUUUGGACGACCAGGAAAAUACUAACAACACGGAAGUAACAGGUUAGCAACACGCAAGAGGCUACGAUGGCACCGAGUGGGUUGAAGGCGAUAGUUGGAGAAAAGAUCUUAAAUGGAGUCAUCAAGAGCGUAAAGAAGGAUGGAGAAUGGAAGGUCCUCAUUGUGGAUCACAUCAGUAUGCGCAUUUUAUCAUCAUGCUGCAAGAUGUCUGAUAUUUUGGCAGAGGGGGUUACCAUCGUAGAGGAUAUCAGCAAACGCAGGGAGCCCAUUUCCAGUCUGGAGGCCAUCUAUCUCAUCUCACCAGUGGAGAAGUCUGUUGAAGCUCUGAUCAAGGACUUCAAAGAAACUGCUUUCACCUACAAAGCAGCACACAUCUUCUUCACCGACAAUUGUCCAGAUAGUCUCUUUGCUCAAAUCGGGAAAUCCAGAAUUGCCAAGUUUGUGAAGACAUUGAAGGAGAUCAACGUGGCCUUCCUGCCCUACGAGUCUCAGGUGUUCUCCAUGGAUGACCCCACCUCCAUGCACCGCUUCUACAGCCCUGAGUCGUCUGGAGGCAAGGACAAGAUGCUGGAGGGUCUGGCCGAGCAGAUCGCCACCCUCUGCGACACGCUGAAGGAGUACCCUGCCGUCCGCUAUCGCAGUGGCCCCCAGGUGAACGCAAAACUGGCUGAGGAGGUUUACCAGCAACUCAACGCCCAUAAAGCCGACAACCCCAGCAUGGGAGAGGGUGCAGAUAAGGCCCGAUCCCAGCUACUGAUCGUAGACCGAGGAUAUGACCCCAUCACACCCAUUCUGCACGAGAUGACCUUCCAGGCCAUGGUCUACGAUUUGCUGGACAUAAAGCAAGACAUCUACAAGUUUCAAACCACUGGAAUUGGAGAAAGUAAAGAGAGAGAGGUUCUCUUGGAUGAGGAUGAUGAGCUUUGGGUUCAGCUCCGACACAUGCACAUCGCCGAUGUCACCAAGAAGGUGACUGAACUGCUGCGUACUUUCUGUGAGAGUAAAAGGAUGUCCACUGAUAAUGCCAACAUCAAAGAUCUCUCUCAGAUGCUGAAGAAAAUGCCACAAUACCAAAAAGAGCUCAGCUUGUACAGUACUCACUUGCAUCUCGCUGAUGCCUGCAUGAAGAAGUACAAGCAAUCUCUGGAAAAACUUUGUGAGGUGGAACAGGACCUGGCCAUGGGCUCCGAUGCAGAGGGGCAGCCCCUGAGGGACGCCAUGAAGAGCAUCGUCCCCGUGCUGCUCGACAACGACAUCGAGGCCUACGACAAGAUCCGCAUCAUCCUGCUGUACAUCUUCCACAAGAAAAAGGGCAUUGCUGAUGAGAACCUCACCAAGCUCAUUCAGCACGCCAACAUACAGGCGGACAGCAACAUCAUCACCAACCUGCAGCACCUGGGCUGUAACAUCAUAGCCGGGGGCGCCAACGCGGGACAAGCCCAGCCUGAGAGGAAAGAGCGAACAGAGUCGACCUACCAGCUCUCCCGAUGGACUCCGGUCCUCAAAGACAUCAUGGAGAAUGCCCUGGAGGACAAGCUGGACAGAAAACUGUGGCCGUUUGUCUCCGAUCCAGCGCCAAUCAACACGACGCAAACUGCAGUGAGCAGUGCACGAUUCGGGCACUGGCACAAAAACAAAUCUCCGACGGAGUACCGCUCCGGGCCACGUCUCAUCGUCUUCGUGAUCGGUGGGGUGACACACUCUGAGAUGCGCUCGGCCUAUGAGGUCACUCGAGCCACCGACGGAAAAUGGGAAGUCCUGAUUGGGUCAUCUCACAUCCUGACACCGACAAGCUUCCUGAACGACGUGAAGAGUCUAGACAAAGUGCUUAAUCCGGAUUUUUAAGGGAGAUCCUUUGCAGAGCGGGCAGAUUGGGAUAGAGAUAUAUUUAACUUGUGCUGAUGAGGGAUGCUGGUCCAUUGUCACUGGAUUUGCGGUGUAUGUGUACUCACCCAGGUAGUCAAAGAUAUAAUCACUGGAAGGAUAUGUAUACAUUUUUUGUGUGUGCAAUGCUCAAUUUGAAAUAGAUUAUGUAUAUACUACCAUUUGGUUUCACAUCAUAGCCAAAGUAUUUAAUUUAAAUAGAUUGUAUUUACUGUACCCGAUGAUUGUAUCCUAUACUGUAAUUAUUUCAAAUUAUUUUUGUUGUAAUGAAAUCAUAUAUUUGCGGUCUUAGCACCGAAUAAUUUAAAAAGUAAUCUUAGAGUUACCUUUGAAAACAAAGUCUCAUUGUCUAAUUCUACUGUCCCUCCUUGAUGCCACUUUCAAAGUUGCUUCUCAAAAGUUUAUUUUGAAAUCAAGCACUUUUCUCAUGUACCUUUUUAGAGUAAGAUUUUCAGUGUGGUGGGUCUCUGUGUCUUUGUUCUAUGUAAAAAAUAAAAAAGUUAUACUAUGUUA